AAAAAGCGGUCAGUUAGCUGCGACGAUCACUCCUCUCAGCUCCACAAGUUCGCGCACAUCUUUAAGCUGGCCAAAGUUCCUUCCUUCAUCAGCGAGCCCGCCGCAGAUUCCCCAACCGUGCCAUCUUUUGUGGUCUUUUUACCCGUCGACGUGUUCCUUACUAGUCAUUUCCAUUGUCUUCGUUGCGCACGGUGGCCUGUGUUGUCAUAGUGUGAGAGUUGGGUUGUAGCCGCGAAUUAGUUGGCUAGUAGGGCGCGCAUCAGGCCAAGGCAGGGUCAGGAAGCAGGGAAAACCUUCGCUGGAGUGAGGCAAAGAGGAGGCGAUUGAAGCCCAAGAGACCCACUCCCUUCACCGGUUGUGUGUUGCGACAGCUCUUCUAGUCCCUGGACACUGUUGUGCUGGCUUCAAGACUCACAGUCAUAGAGUUAUUGUUGUCGCUAAACCUCAUCACCGCGCAUACCAAUAGCAUCUUGCGCUGAAUGCGCUGGGCGUCCCAAUACACUUUACACCACCGCAUCCCGACUUCUGUCGCUCGCGCGCAUUCAUCCCGACGCUCAUCAACAACAAGCCUCGGAGUAUCAACAACACCCCUUUCGGCUUCCAUACACCCAAAACCAACCUUACUCCUACCCUCCUCAGCCCACACCACACAAUCCGCCACCAUGGGUUACGGUAGCAGCAACUGGAACCCCUUCUCCACGGGCUCACCCUCCCGACGCUCAUCGUCCGGAUACCGCCCCGGCUACGCAUCGUCAUCGUACUCGGCAUCCUCGCGCCACCACAGCUCAACCUCACGCUACAAGCGCUCACCACGCGACUCCUACAUGCAACACCUGUACAAGAAAAUGCAACACUUCCUCCGCGAAAUCUGGCGCUACGCCCAACGCCACCCGUACAAAGUCUUCUUCAUGGUCAUCAUGCCGCUCGUCUCCGGCGGCGUGCUCCACAAACUCGCCCGCCAAUUCGGCGUCAACCUGCCUGAGAUGGGCGGCUCAGGAGCAAGAGGGGGGUACUCCGGCUCAGGACACACCAGUAGCAACAACCACUACAGCGGCGGUGGAGCCAGCAGCGGCUACUACGGCAGCCAGGGAUACGGCAUGGAGAGCAGCCGGAGCGGCCCGAGUAACGGAGGCGGAGGCAUGAUGGCAGGCCUCGGCAACAUCGACAUGCAGAGCGUCUCUUCUGGCAUCGGCGGUCUGGCUAGUCUGGCGAGUAUGGCAAGCAAGUUCAUGUAAAGAGUUGAAGAGGGGGCUGACGAGCCGCCUUUUCUAGGAACGGUUGAGAAUAUCUUUACUAUUACGCGCGUUGUGGGGAAUCUGACGGGCAGUCGGAAUGAUUGGUGACAUGAGGAGCAGAGGAGUGAUCCUCUGCACCCUCUCCCGCAGAUCAUGAGUGAGGAGAUGGCAAGGAAGUGGGAUUAUUGGAAGGGGGGAUGACAGGUGGUAAAAAGGCGGUAUGCUUUUGUUUUUGGGCUUUCUCGUUGCCACGACGUUACGACGGCGCGUUGGGGGGACGUUUAGUCACGUUCUCUCCUGUUCUUUCCGGUUUCGGCCUGCUUAGCUUUUUUUUUUGUUCCAUUAGAGAUAUCCCUCCUUUGAGUAGGCUUGGACCUACCUGGCGUUCAGAUGCAAAUGCAAACUUGCUCUCCCUA